AUGGCAACCACUUACACAGCCCCCCUUGCCGCUGCCCUUGCCCUCCUCGGCAUGGCGAGCGGCCACAUGAUCAUGAACACACCGACUCCCUACAACUACCAAGGCACAGCCAAGCUCCUCCAGGUCGACCCUCUCGACCCGACCUUUCCCUUCCCCUGCCAGGGCGUGUCCGAGAUCGUCUCGGUCACGCCCAUCACGGCCGGCACUACCCAGCUGGUCAAGUUCACGGGCGGCGCCCAGCACGGCGGCGGAUCCUGCCAGUUCAGCCUGACCUACGACUACCCUCCGCCCGCGGACAAGUCCAAAUGGAAGACCAUCUACACCCUCAUCGGCGGGUGCCCCGUCUCGGCCGCCGGCAAUCUCCACGUGGCGGGCAAGGACCAGGACGGCCGCGCCGACGGUCCCCACUGCGGCAACGACAGCGGCGUCGAGUGUAUCCGCCAGUUCGACAUCCCCAUCCCCAAGGACCUGCCCAACGGCAACGCCACGUUUGCUUGGACGUGGUUCAACAAAAUUGGCAACCGCGAGGUGUACAUGAACUGUGCACCGGUGACCAUCACGGGCGGGUUGGGGGAUGACAGGGCCUUUUUUGAUGGCUUGCCAGAUCUCUUUCUGGCUAAUGUUCCCGGUGAGUGUACCACGGGCAACGGGGUGCUGAAUAUCCCGCAGCCUGGAAAGUACGGCAAGGUGCUGGAGCAGCCCACUCCUGGAAGUGAGGGCGACUGUCCUAAGGCGGAUGGUGUGCCUACUUUUGAAGGGGACAGCGGCAACGACAGCGGCAGUAGCUCCACUGCCUCCCUGGUUGUAAUGCCAAUUCCCAGUACGUCGACGACGAGUGCCUCGCUGGUUGUAGUACCCAUCACUACCAGUACCACGGUGAGUACCUCAGCAACCACCUCCGCCACUGCGUCGUCUGGUUUCGUUACCCAGACCACUACUCCUCCUGUUAUCUCCCCUGUCCCGAGCGCCACUUCGGGCGCCGGCUCUAGCUCCGGCCCCUCUGGCAGCCAGCCCUGCCCUACCGACGGCGCCAUCAUCUGCUUCAGCCCGACCUCCUUCGGCCUUUGCAAUCACGGGGCGGCAAUCCCGCAACCCGUGGCACCUGGAACGACUUGCAACAAUGGCAAGGUUGUUCGCCGGAGUGCCAGACUUGCUGCUUUCUGGUAA